CAUCAUGUCUGGCAUUUAAUCAGCUUUACUUUAUCAGCACAAACAAAAUUUAAUGUAGAAAUUCUCUAAAUUAAAAAUAUUAAAAAAAAAAAAAAAACUAGACUUUUAUCUUCUUUGUUUCGUUGAUCUUUAAAAUGAUACAGUCCACAUAUCAACAUGACUAUGUGCCGCCAAACACGAAGCGCUACGAGUUCAUGAGCCACCUGAAGGGAAAGGAUGGCUUUGGUGGCCCCAAAAUUGUCGAAUGCCAAUGCGUUGAGGAGGACAAGAUUAAACCGCCGCCGGAUGCGAUACAGAAUUGUGCGGGUGUGGAAUGGACAGGCAUUGCGCCGAUGGGACGUUUAGUGGAUCCGCGUCUCAUACCCACACAGCUGGCGCAGGAUCAGGUGGAGAAAAUGGCAUUUGCCCCCGAAUCGGAUUGCCUGAAACUGCAGCCGAAUCGUUUUCUCAAAAUCUUACGCAACAUCUAUCCGGAUCUGUAUGAACGGCUCAAGCUGAUGCCCAAGGAGGAGCUGGGCCGCCGGCUAGAAACGAAUCGCAUGUAUACCACCUAUCAGAUCGACUACAGUGACGUGAACGAGUAUCCGGAGGGCAUCUACGAGAGCAUGAAGCACAAGGAUGAAGCAUCCAAAUUGAAAUCGGACAAACUGAUGACGCACAAGGCGCCCUGCGCCGAAUUCCGCCAAGAUGUGAUGAAGCAGGUGGAACGGGAAAACACCACCGGCUACGAGGUGAAGGCAGAUGAAUGCGAACCGGCCUACAAACCGUUCAAGACCACCUUCUCCGACUCGACGCAAUUCGUGAACUCGGGCAACAAUUCGCAUUGGAAGACAACGGGCAGCACAUUCCGUAAGGUGCCCAACUUUACCGAAUACAUGGACUCGAUCAGCCGCAACGGCUGCAUCAUAAUGCGCAACAAGCUCCACGAUCACUCCAAGUGUCUGGCCAAACAUUGUCGGCACGAGAUUCGCUUCAACUGCACCGACAUGAAGCAGUGAAGAAUGGAUAGAUGUGGAUAAGAUGAUCUUCUGCUCCAUGUCUCACUCAUUAUUUGAUUGUGUCAUUUCAUUUCUCGCGUAUAAAUUACAAGUGAGCAAUUGAAAACGUAA